UCUACUGAAAUUCACUUUCUUCCUCAUUGUACAUUGACAAUUUAAACUUUUGAAGUGAAUAUCGUUAAGAAAGGCUCAAAACUGGGGAUUUGCUUCACUGGAACAGUACAUUGAGGAAUUUUUUCAAGACUUUACAAGAAUGAAAAAUCAAAGAUUGCUUCUAUUUUUGCAUCAGACAUUGAAGCCACUCCAUAGUCUAGCUGGACUGGGGAUUUUCCUCUUUCAAAGCGGACAGCAACUUUUGAUAUACAGUCAUUUUUUCUUACAGUAUUUUCGUUCCUGCAACCUCAUUUUUCAACAUAAGGCUCAAUACACACUUGAAGACUUAAAGAAAUUUGGGUUUGGAUUUGACUUUCCUCCCAAGACUCUGUUGGUCAACAGUCCCUGUGUGUAAUUCACUCAAGUUGUGAACUGACUCCAUUCCAGUGGUGCUGCUCAAAACUGGCAUCCAGAGAUUUGAAACUGCAGACCUGAACCUUCUGUUGCUUUAGGGUCACAACUAAGUUCCCACUCAGUAACUUCCUCAACAACAUGGUAGCUAAGAUCAACAACUGCAGAACGAAUACUUUUGCAAAUAUUGCCGAAAUGUUUGGUCCACAAAAGGUAUUGUCUUGAACCUCACAAAUAGAUACUUAGCCAAAGGCGUAAUAUUUAAACAAAUGGCUUCAGGUGAUAUGAUUCCAGAAAACUUGAAGCAUCAUCAGCUAACGACCAGGAGGCUUCACAGCAGAACGUCUAGCCAUGACACCGAAGCAGAUGGAGGUUUUCUUUUUGAAGCAGAUGAAGCUUGGAAGGAAUACCACCGUGCUCUAUAUCAGUUCUACGAAGCCAAAGAACUAUGUGAUGUAACGUUGAAGGUGGGGUCAAACUUAAUCCCUUGCCACAAAUUGGUGCUGGCCUGUGUGAUUCCCUAUUUCAGAGCAAUGUUUCUUUCUGAGAUGGCUGAAGCCAAACAAGAUUUGAUAGAAAUUAAAGAUUUUGAUGGCGAUGCAAUAGAUGACCUUGUCAGAUUUGCCUAUUGCUCCAGGAUUACACUUACUGUGGACAACGUGCAACCUCUUCUCUAUGCCGCUUGCAUUCUGCAGGUAGAGCAUGUAGCUAAGGCAUGCUGUGAAUACAUGAAAGCCCAUUUUCACCCAUCAAAUUGCUUAGCGGUACGAUCUUUUGCAGAAAGUCACAACCGAGUUGACUUGAUGGGCAUGGCUGAUAAGUAUGCCUGUGAGCAUUUUAAUGAAGUAGUAGAAUGUGAAGACUUUGUAAAUGUUUCACCAAAGCAUCUCAUCGCACUUCUUUCAUCCAGUGAUUUGAAUGUGGAAAAAGAAGAGCAAGUAUAUAAUGCUGCAAUGAAGUGGCUGCACUCAAAUCCACAGCAUCACGCUAAAUGGUUGGAUCAAGUUGUUGCCCAGGUUCGAUUACCUUUGUUGCCAGUUGAGUUUCUCAUGGGGUUUGUGGCUAAAGAAAACAUAAUCAGACAGAAUCUGAAAUGCAGGGACCUGUUGGAUGAAGCUAGAAACUACCAUCUUCAGUUGAGCAACAAGCCAGUACCAGACUUUGAAUAUUCCAUACGCACAACAUCAAGAAAACACACUGCUGGUGUCCUGUUCUGUGUUGGUGGCAGAGGAGGAGCAGGUGACCCAUUCCGUAGCAUUGAGUGUUACUCGAUUAGUAAAAACAGCUGGUUCUUUGCACCAGAAAUGAACAGCCGGCGACGACAUGUUGGCGUAAUCUCUGUGGAUGGGAAAGUCUAUGCUGUUGGAGGGCAUGAUGGAAAUGAGCAUUUAGGUAGCAUGGAAGUAUUUGAUCCACUGACAAAUAAAUGGAUGAUGAAAGCUUCCAUGAACACUAAAAGGAGAGGCAUUUCUCUGGCUUCCCUUGGGGGUCCAAUUUAUGCCAUCGGUGGUCUAGAUGACCAUACGUGCUUUAGUGAUGUUGAGAGAUAUGAUAUUGACUCUGACCUGUGGAGCAUUGUGGCAGCAAUGAACACACCAAGGGGUGGUGUAGGUUCAGUUGCACUCAGAAACCAUGUGUAUGCUGUUGGUGGGAAUGAUGGCGUGGUAUCUUUGUCUAGUGUUGAGAGAUAUGACCCCUACUUGGACAAAUGGAUAGAAAUUAAGGAUAUGGGACAAAGAAGAGCCGGAAAUGGAGUUGGUGAAUUAAAUGGCUGCUUAUACAUAGUAGGUGGCUUUGAUGAUAACUCUCCACUCAGCUCUGUGGAACGAUUUGACCCACGUAUAAAUAAAUGGGAGUAUGUGGCAGAGCUUACGACACCCCGUGGUGGUGUUGGGGUUGCAACUCAAAUGGGUAAAAUCUUUGCGGUUGGUGGACACAAUGGAAAUGUUUAUCUGAAUACCGUGGAAGCUUAUGAUCCAGUGAUGAACAGGUAACUAUGUA